CCUGCAGUCAUAUUGGAGCAUUGUUAUUUGCAUUAAGCAAUAUGAAAGAUAGUGAUGAGGAACCACUGAGUUGCACAUCAGUCCUGUGUCAGUGGAAAGCACCACGAGCCAAUGCAAAACCACAACCUAUGUCUGCACUUGCACAUAGAAAACCUUCAACAGACUCAACAAAUGAUCCAAUGACUGAGCCUGCUCCUCAUCCACAGACAACCUUUGACCCCAGACAUUCUAUGGAUAGGAUACCUGACCUUGACCGUACAUUGCAACACCUACAGAAACUUAAGGAAAUUUUUCCCAAAACAGGGAUGGUGCAUAUUUGGAAUAUCCCAGACCCUGUCCCUAUGGCAUCACAUGAAGAAGAAAUUGUGACAACCAAGGACCCCUACAUCAUGAAAAUGGAAGAAAUGCUUUUUACUGUUGGCAACUGUGAGUAUCAAACACAGAACAAAUUGAUAUUGAAAGUUCUACAUGACCAUUUACCACCUGCAAUAAAUUUCGUUCCUACCAAGUUUAAUGAAUGUACAAUAAAAAGGAACUGCUUAAUGUAACAUAUGACCCACCACAUAGUAAUAUAAAACAGGUUAAUAUAUCAACACAUUUUUUUCCAGUGCCCCCACCUUCCAUUGACAUGGAUCUAGUG